GCCGACAGGAACAGAGACAAAGCAAACAAAAGCUGAACCCGACGAAUUGCAGAUUGCAGCGUUUCUUUCAACAAACACUGUCUGUGUAGGCUGGAGAGCACAAAGGGAGGACAGGACAGAGCAUUCCAAGAUGCCCAACCCUCUCGAUACCAUGGCCGCGAGUCCCAACUCCCAAGUUAAACUGUCUCAGACUUACACCUCAAGGCUCAAGGAACGUCCCCUAAGAGCGCAGUUUGAUUGAAUCUCACAGUGUACUGCCUCUCUGUAGACAUAUCCAUCACCAUGUCCCAGGCCAAGACCAACGAGUCUCCUCCGCAAACGAUGCCCACGGAAACGAGCGCGAGAAUAGGCCCAGGAACCCAGGAGAUCCAAACCUCGUACAUACCCAUGCAUGAUGUUCCUGAUUCUGCUACUGGAGGCAGUGCUUUUCCCGUCCGGUCCAGGCAACGCCCCGACUACAACACGCCCGACGGGAGAAUGAUCUACCAAUGCGGCGACUGCGGCAAAAAGGACAGCUUCAGGGCCAACGAACCCAUUCGGUGCAGAUCUUGUGCCUGCAGGGUGUUUCACAAGGUUCGAACAACUAGGUUGACCCACUACAAGGCAGAUUGAGACAUGCCAACAGUCCACCAUGGUAAAGCGGUUGGCGGUACGGUCGAGGCGGGAAUGUUCUGUCGAUUAAGUAGCUGGCAAUGAAUAAUAUCAUCGUAAGGCAAAGGCGGUCCAGGGGUUUGUGAUGCUCACAUCCCACCAAGGAACUCCUUCGUCCAGCUCACGCCCCUUGCGUCAGGCGAGUUCUGACCAAUUCCCCCCACCCCAUUUCAAUACCU